CGCAAUAGAACUAUGAGCGGGCUGACCCCCACCGCCUUCGGGGGCGAGCCUUCGGGGCUGCAGGACGUCUUGGCCUUCAUCGCCGACUUCGAGAUGGAACACGGUGCCUCCAGCGCCAACCACGACAGCGACGACUGGAUGGAGGACGAGUCGGACAAAGUCCAAGACGUGGAGCUCCCAGAGUCGUUCGUAUGUGAUGGCGGACGACGCCCCUCGCCUACGGGUGGCAUUGGGCCCCAUCAAGCGUUGCUGCUGUCCACCAGCAUCCCGGGGACUUCGAUGAAGAGCACAGAGGACGGAGCUACCAAGACGCCUCGUCGCCAUCGCGUCAGUCGCAAGGAGGAGCUCGAGUAUUUACGUAAGAAAGUGACGGACAUGGAAGAUAAGCUCAAGCAGCUCAAGAGUAACGCUGACGGUGGCGGCAGCGGCUCUCCCACUCCAGCGAAACCAGCAACACCCGAGGACGAGAAGGCGGCGAUGCAGCUGGAGCAGUCCAUUGCGCUCUGGAAGAAGAUGGCGCAGAGGCAGAAGAGUCAGCGAGAACUGGUCGAGUUGGAGAACGCCAAGCUGCGCGAGAAGCUCAAGACGCAGGUGCGCAUGGCCAAAAGCCUGCAGAGGAUACUACGCAAGUGCGAGCGAGCUGCGGAGCAGCCCGGCGCAUAUACUUCGUCAGGGGGCGACUUUGAUGAGCUGGUGCAGAGUCUCGAGGCGCUGUACUCUCUGACGAACGAGCGGAUAGCGACUUGUCCAAUUGCGACGGGCGCGCAGCCGCUGCUCCGCGAGCAGGACGUCAAGUACAACGACUUUACUGGGAUGUUUCUCGAGUUCCAGCACAGCAAACUGGUACCGUUCGACAUCGCGGCGGUCAACCGUGCAGUGUGGCGGCUUAUGAGCGAACCGGGCAUCAAGUUCAACACGUACUUCGAGGAGUUUACUGAGGUUCAAGGCGACGUGGUGCUUCGCAAGUUCGGCGUCGAGAUCAAGCAGGGCGAUCGUCUGGCCCAAAUGACCGGAAGGCAGGCCCUCAAACGGUAUUUUGAGAACAGUCGGGUCGUGAUCGUGCGCAACUCGAACAUCGACCGCAUGCAGUUAGCUGACGCCGCGACAGGAGGACUCGGAUUCCGCGAUGUAGGCUGGCUUGUGCUAAAAGACGUGACAGGAAUGGUCUCAGCUUCCGGGCCGAUGACGCUGAUCCAGUCCUACUCGACGUUGACUCCGGACGUGGAUCUCGACGCCCAGUGGGAGGUUGGAGCGCUGACGGAUUUUGCCCCAGGCCGCACGCGAGUAAGUCGCAAGGAAGAGCUCGAGUACUUGCGCUUGAAGGUGAAAGAGAUGGAAGCCAAACUGCGUGAUCUCAAGGGGAAAUCGGACGGGGAUCGGUCACCACCUCCACAGACAUCGGAUUCACUCGACAUUGCCCAGAACUCCAUGCACGUCGAUCAGUCCCUAGCUCUCUGGAAGUCGUUGGCUGAGCGGCAGAAAAGUCAACGCGAGUUGGUGGAGGUUGAGAACGCCAAACUGCGGGAGAAGCUCAAGACGCAGGUUCGAAUGGCGAAGAGUCUCAAGCGAAUCCUUUGCAAGCGCACGCGAGAUGAAGAACUGGUAAGAGCAACUGACGUGCGUUUGCUUGCGUGUAGACUUUAG